CCGGAGCACGGGCCCAUGAACUGUGUUCUUCCGGGUACAGUAACUUGAGAUUUAUCUAGUAAUACGAAAUACUGUACACUGCCUGCAGUUCAAUAUCAACAGUAACUAUUAGAUACUCACAAGGAUUGAUUACCUACAUUACUCAAUUUAGCCGUGACAAGUCUCAUGGACGAAAGAAGAAUGCACUGUGGUUGAUAUCUUGCUGGUGUGCAAGGAAAAUAAACAUCAGGUAAUCUUUAGAGAGGUGCAUUCUGAGGCAUGGAGUUCAGUCAUGGCCACGUUAAUCAAGAGAUGGACAUGGAGGGGUCAUGUCACAUCAGAUCAGCGGGGCCAGAAGACAAGAAAGGCAAGACCUCCUUGCUACGUGCAGAUCGGAUCAGAUCAUACAUAAAGUCCGAACCUCAGUCACCAAAGCAAGAGGGAAGCAUAGCACAGGAUCCGGAUUUACUUAACUGUCCAAAUACCUCCAUACCUCCUGCAGACUGUAUUCAGCCCCUCAAACAGGAGGCAGCCCCUGUCAAAGAGGAACCACAUGAUUCUGAAGUGCGUGCGGUACAAAUUAAAGAAGAACUAGAGGAGUCAGUGACCCCCCACCCUGGUCCAGGACCCAGUGGAAUCCGCAUUGUGCAAAAACCGUUUAUGUGCAGAUUGGCAUAUGUCAAACUGGAGACUUCUGAUCUGGUUAAUCUGAAACCCGAACUGGAUUCUAACCGCAUAGGCAGAAAAACUCUCCAGAUUAAAGCUGAACCGGUCUUGGAUUCAGAGCAAAACGAGGAGGCCAGUGAGGAAAUGAACCCUCGUCUGGUCAAAAAUGAAGAAAAUGGCCACCAUAUAGACCUGUCCCGGAAGGACCCAGAGACUUUGGCCAGCGAAGACCACUGUACAGAGACUGCGUCUAGUUCUGAGUUCUUCCCUUGCUCUCACUGUACGAUUUCCUUCACUGACAUCUCUUACCUGGAGAAACACCUCAAGUGGAUCCACCCUGAGCAGUACCUGGUCUGGCUCCAGAGCCGAAGAGUCUUGAAGGGUAAGAGGGGCCGGGGCACUCUGAAAUCUCUCCCCUGCCCGGACUGCCGGAGCCACUUCCUCUCCCAGCGCCUCCUGUCCAUCCACGUACGGCAGGCGCACCCCACCCCCGCCCCCGAAAAGCCUCACCCCUGCCCGCAGUGCCCGCGCAGCUUCCACUACCUGGCCAGCCUGCAGAAGCACUGCAAGCACUGGCACAAAAUGGCCACCGUCUGCGCGGACGGGCGGCUGAGCUGCGCCGACUGCGGUGAGCGCCUGGGCGACCUGGAGACGGCGCGGCCGCACGUGUGCGGCGACGCGGGGGGUGAGCCGGCGAGGGAGGCGCCCGCAGGCGUCGGCGCGGGGGGCCUGGAGUGCGCCGUGUGCAGGAAGAGCUACAGCAGCACGCAGAACCUGCGCAUCCACAUGCGCAUGCACACGGGCGAGCGGCCCUUCCCCUGCGCCGAAUGCGGCAAGCGCUUCGCCGACAACGGCAGCCUGCGCAAGCACGCCCGCAUCCACACGGGCGUCAAGCCCUUCAAGUGCCCCGACUGCGGCAAGACCUUCGGCAGGAUACACCACCUCACGUCCCACCAGCGCACGCACUCCGGGGAGAAGCCCUACCCCUGCCUCGACUGCGGCCGGAGGUUCAGCCACACGGGGGAGCUGAAGAUCCACCAGCGCUCCCACUCGGGGGAGAAACCUUACCACUGCGCCGACUGCGGCAAGGACUUCAUGGUCAUCAGCAACCUGAAGGCCCACCAGAGGGUGCACAGCGGGGAGAAGGGCCACCAGUGCGGCGAGUGCGGCAGGAAGUUCGGCGAGGCCGGGGUGCUGAAAAAGCACCUCCGCACUCACACGGGCGAGAGGCCCUACCACUGCACCGUGUGCGGCAAGCAGUUCAACCGCGUCCACCACCUCAAGACCCACCAGCGCACGCACACCGGGGAGAGGCCGUACGCCUGCGACGAGUGUGGCAAGAGCUUCAGCCAGUCGGGCGACCUGACCAAGCACAAGCGCACCCACACGGGCGAGAAGCCCUUCCCCUGCCCCGACUGCGAGCGCAGCUACAACAACUCGGGCGACCUGCGCAAGCACAGCCGCAGCCACACGGGCGCCAGGCCCUACUGCUGCAAGGACUGCGGCAAGAGCUUCCGCAUGGUCCACCACCUGAAGACCCACACCCGCAUCCACACCGGGGAGAGGCCGUACCCCUGCCCGCACUGCCCCCUGGCGUUCGCCCGCCACCACCACCUCACCUCUCACCUCAAGGUCCACCACUGAGAGCGGCCUGGACAGGAACUUGGUAAAGGGACUGAAACAGGGUAUGGGCAGGGUGUGACAUGGCACUGUACAUUGCUGUACUAUCAACUAUAAAAAAAAAACGAUUCGUGUGCAAUAGUAGGCUAUCUGGAAUGGUAGAUGAGGAACAGGGCUUGUAACCAAAAGGCUGUGUAAUCAACUGCCGUUUUUAACCUUGAGCAGUGCUCUUAAUCCGAAUUGCUUCAAUGAGUAUCUAGUGAAAUAUUUUGUGCAAAAUGUUAGCUGUUGCCUCUUAAGGCAUGUGCUCUGAAUGAUUAUAUAUCCUGUACAUUUGGAUGAGACGUCCGUUCAGUUUGGUCUGUCUCACGUGAAAAGUUGACAAUGUUUGCCAAUUUGUAUAAAUUAAACAGUAUUUAUUUCAAUAUGAACUGUAUUGUUUUGUCCCAAAGGUUUUGAUAAAUAGAUGUGAUUGUCUUUCUUUUUCCGGUGAUUGUUUUUAAUGCAAAGUGCACUGUGUAAAGAAAGUGAACAACUGACCGAUUGGAUUUUUGUUAAGAGGGGGAAAUUAUACCAUAUCCCCAUAAAUGGCCCCGAUUCACGCCUUUGUGGAUUUGUUUGGUGAACAAGUAAACGUGUAUUUACAUAUCCCCAAUAUGUAAGUAUUUAAUUAGAUAUAGGUCUAUGUAUUUUGUCAACACUUCAAAAAAUAAAAAGAUAGUGUGGAUUAAUAAAUGAAAUUUCAAAGUA